AUGGCGGCGCGUCCAUUAGCGCGUCUAUCGGCUCUGUGGCUAGUGAGCUGCGCCGUCCACUGUGACGUCGUGGCCGCCACGUGCGCCGCUGGGUCCACGACGCUCACGACCGAGGACUGCUCGGGCUGCGGCGACUACGACUUGUGUCUCGGCUUCACGGACGCCUCGAGCUGCUCGGGCUCCAACUGCGAGACGGCCGGCGCCUGCACCUACGAGUGUCUGAGCGUGGACAAGAGCGCGGAGGAGCUGGUGGUGCUGGUGCAGUUCGGCACGUAUAAGAGCGAGCAGGAGCUGGCGGCGGGGGGCUACACCGAGUCCGACUUGGCGGGCUUCCCCGACCAGACGAGCGACUGGCCGUCCGUCUCCAACAACCAGGUCACGGCGCUGGGCAAGAUCAGCGUGUCCUCUGCAGUCACGACGUUUAUUGUGUCGGGCGGGAGCGCGGCGGUGGAGUACCCCAAGGGCAAGGUCUCGAGUAUAAUUCUGUCGGCGAAUGUCAUUUCGGCCGCGACGUCCGUGACCAAGGUGGGGCUCCAGAACCUGGGACUGGCCAACCAGAUCGACACCAUUUCGGCGUUUAUCCCGUCGUCGAUUGAGAGUCUGGACCUUAGCAAUACGCUACUUACCGAGUUUCCCACAGCGCUGAGCACGUUGCAAGUGCUCAAGGAGCUAGUUCUGGAUAACAACUACAUGACGACGGUGGAUUCCAUUGAAGGCGUUGACUCCAUCACUUCCUUGAGCAUGCAGAACAACGACAUCGAUAAUUUUACCGCCGUCUUCUCCAAGCUGGAAAAAUUGUACCUUGGAGGCAAUAAUUUGACGAGCAUCCCCAGCGCCAUCUACAGCUAUUCCAACCUGAAAAAGCUAAACCUGACUGGCAAUCCGCUCUCAUCGCGAGGUUUUACAAACGAUCAGGCUGAAUUCUUGAACAGUUUGGAGACGUUGGGACUAUCUGAGUCCGACUUUAGCGCCGACGUGGAUUGUGACGACACGUACCAAACGAAGAUUGGAGACGCCACCGUGUGCAUUACCGAUGGAGUACCAACUACUACUGACACUACGAGUGCUACAGCCAGCGGUGCGACGACCACGUCAGGCUCGGACGGAUCAGAAACAAAGACAGCGAGCACAUCGUCAUCUUCGUCGUCUACCAGCUUGAUCGUUGGGAUCGUUUGUGGAGUGUUGGUGGCGGCAUUUGCAGCGUUCCUCUUCAUCAUCCACCGGAGGAAAGAGGAAAAGAAGAUCGAGUGCUCAAUAGCAAGCGAUACCGUCGGAUACAGCAGCGACCACUUCUCGUCUACAGACAAUUGGCACCAGCAGCUACAGUCACGUGGACGAUUCACUUUCGAUGACGUUGAUGUGAUCAUUCCGAGGGGCUCCAGCGAUGUUUCUUUGGGGGUUCCGACUAUGACUCACGAGAACGAAGUAAUCACUGAAGAAGCGUCCACCAUUAGCAGUACGUCGAAGUAUCCCUCUUUUGUGUCUACGUUGGAGAGGUCUUCCAAGGGAAAAUCAGACAGAUUCAUGUCGAUUUGGAACGACUAUGAACUUCUGUCGCUGCAACUUUGCGCUGCGUCUAUCAAGGAUGUUCGCAAGAUUGGCGGCGGGGGCUACGCCACUGUGUGGCUAGUUCGCUACCGAAACCUUCAACUUCUCGCCUCCAAGCGGCUUCGAUCCGAUAAUUACACGCAGAAGACCACUGCGGCCUUCGUGGAGGAGAUUAAACUCAUGGCCAACUUCGCUCACCCGAAUAUUGUCAAGCUUAUUGGAGCGGCGUGGACAACUGAAAGCGACCUGCAGAUGUUGUUGGAGUAUAUGGACGGUGGAGAUCUCCGGAGAUAUUUAUCAGACGCGAGUACGCCUACUGGCUGGACGUGCCAUAAGUUCGGCUUUGCCAUUGGAAUUAUUGAAGUGCUCGUGUAUCUUCACUCGUUCGUGCCCCCGCUGCUACAUCGCGAUCUCAAGUCGAAGAACGUGUUGCUAUCUUCGGAUUUCACGGCCAAAUUGAGCGACUUUGGCAGGUCUCGCUUCUGUUCAGACGAUAGUGCUAUGACCCAAGGAGUGGGCACGAGCCGAUGGUUAGCUCCCGAGGUGAUUCGUGGUGACAGCGACUAUGGAUGCCCCGCCGAUAUCUACAGUUUCGGCGUGUUGCUCACGAAGAUCGACACGAACAAAAUCCCAUACAGCAACGCGCGGGGCCGCAACGGCAAGCUUCUGUCGGAUGAUACUAUCAUGCAGCGCGUUGGCGCUGGUAGACUGGCUCCCAAACUUCGACGUACUUGUGACCAGGCGCUGAGGGAUUUGGUGGAGCGAUGUCUUGCUCGGGACCCACUCAAGCGACCAACGGCACCAGAAAUCGCGAGCGAAUUGCGUGUCGUUCAUCGUGAGAUGGCGACCAGUCUAUCUAAACGCGCACCGUGGACAACCGAUUUUAUUGGACGUGGUGUGAAACAAUCAGACAGGUCUUCCGUAAGUCUAUGAAUCCAUUCACG